AUGUUUUCCACAUUCCCACGCGGUCCUGGUAACAAUUACACUCUCGCUGAGUUAGUCGAUAUCGAUAUUGAAAAACCAUUCCCUUCUUUGGAAGCGAAUACUCUUCCUGCCCAACAGAACAAUUCAAAUCCUGGCUAUUCAGCUUCCUAUGAUGAUUUACUCGUUAGUUGUCAGGGUAUCGCUGUCGACGCCAAAGAUAGGGUCUGGGUACUUGACACUGGACGCGCUGCAGGUGGUCAACUCCAAGCAUGGGGUGGUAAAUUAUUAGCGUAUGAGACUGGUGAUGAUGCCUCAAAAGAACCAGUUGAAAAGAUUAUUCUCUCCCCAGAUGUCGCAUUCCCAAGCACAUACCUCAAUGAUGUUCGUAUUGACCUCACAAAAAAUGAAAGAGGUGUGGCUUACAUCACAGACUCAUCAGACGAAGGUAGAACUGGAUUGAUUGUUGUAGAUAUCGCAACUGGUGAUGCUUGGCGUCAUUUGGAUAUUCAUCCUUCAACACGUCCAGAUGAAAAUGCGGUGUUUUCAUUUAAAGGACAAUCAGUUUAUGCUAUCUCAGCUGAUAAUAAGGGAUUCUGGACGACUGGUGUUGAUGGUAUCGCAUUAUCUGAAGAUGGAGAAUGGGUUUACUACACCACCAUGACUUCUCGUAAGCUCUGGAGAGUACCUACUGAGAAACUACUGGUAAAACCAUCGACAAAUGAACCUAACGCCAAACAUGAUGCUGAUAGCUCAGUUGAAUACUUAGGUGAAAAGGGAAGCUGCAGCGAUGGUUUAGAAACUGACAGCAAUGGUCUUAUCUACUUAGGUGCUGCUGAGCAGGAUGGUAUACAGACAUUCGAUCCAUCAACUAAAACCUUCAAUGAUUUGGUUUACAAUCAUCGCAUUACAUGGCCAGAUGGGCUCUCAAUUGCUAGCAACAAAUUGUAUUUCGUCGACAACCAGUUCUACAUGCAAGAUAGAUUCUGGAAUAACACAGACAAGACUGUAAAGCCAUUCGCACUCUAUAGUAUAGACAUUGAUGGCACAUCCGCACACAUUUAG